UGAGCGCGGCGGUGGCUGAGGAGGCUCGGCGUCCGCGGCAGUGGGCACUUCGGCGUUCCUCCUGGCCUCGCAGUUCCUCAGGUCUUUUGCUCUUCCUGGUGACUAGGUUUUCCCCAUUUUCAGAUUUUCAGGAAGAGCUAAAGAUGGCUGAACUUCUAGAUGACAAGGAUACUCGACUGUGUGACAACUGCAAAAAAGAAAUUCCUGUGUUUAAUUUUACAAUCCAUGAAAUCCACUGUCAAAGGAACAUUGGUGUGUGCCCUGUCUGCAAGGAACCAUUUCCCAAAUCUGACAUGGAGAUUCACAUGGCUACAGAACACUGUCAGGUGACCUGCAAAUGUAACAAGAAAUUGGAGAAGAGGCAGUUAAAGAAGCAUGAGGAGACUGAGUGCCCUCUGCGGCUUGCUGUCUGCCAGCACUGUGAUUUGGAACUUUCUUUUCUCAAACUGAAAGAGCAUGAAGAUUACUGUGGUGCCCGGACAGAGCUGUGUGGCAACUGUGGGCGCAAUGUGCUUGUGAAAGAUCUGAAGACUCACCCUGAAGUUUGUGGGAGAGAGGAAGAAGAAAAGAGAGAUGAGGCUGCCAUGCCUCCUAAUGUGUAUGAUGAAUCUUGGGGUCAAGAUGGAAUCUGGAUUGCAUCCCAACUCCUCAGACAAAUUGAAGCUCUGGACCCACCUAUGAGGCUACCCCAAAGGCCCCUGAGAGCAUUUGAAACAGCCCCUUUGCACAGUAGGACUACUAACCAAAGGAAUAUGACUGCCCAUUUUCCAAUCCAGAAUAAUCUAUUUGAAGAACAAGAAAGGCAGGAAAGGAAUAGAAGCAGACAGCCUCCAAAAGCUAGUGGUGAAGAUACUGCAAACUUGGAUUUCAUGUUGGCACUAAGUCUGCAAAAUGAGGGCCAAGCCUCUGGUGUGGCAGAACAGGACUUCUGGAGGUCUGUGUGUGAGGCAGAUCAGUCUCAUGGUGGUGCCACUUUGAGUGACAUAAAGGGUGCAGUGGAUGAGACCAUGUUGCCUUGUGAAUUUUGUGAGGAGCUCUACCCAGAGGAACUGUUGAUCGACCAUCAGACAAGCUGCAACCCUUCAUGUGCCUUACCUUCACUUAAUACUGGCAGUUCUGCCAUCAGAGGAAUGGAGGAUCCUGGUGUCAUUUUCCAGAAUAUUCUACAACAGGCUACAAGUAACCAGUUAGACUCUUUGAUGGGCCUGAGCACUUCACCUCCUGUGGAAGCUAGCAUCAUCAUCCCUUGUGAAUUCUGUGGGGUACAGCUAGAAGAAGAAGUCCUGUUUCAUCAUCAGGACCAGUGUGACCAACGCCCAGCCACUUCAAAUACCCGUGGAAUGGAGGGAAAUCCUAGACAGGAUUCCCAGCCUCAAGAAAUGUCACCAGAGCUGCCCAGGAGGCGUGUCAAACACCAGGGAGACCUGCCUUCUGGCUACAUGGAUGACAUCAAACAAGAAACAGCUAAAGGAUCUGCCUACUCUGUGCCUCCCAGCAGAUCCAUUAGUAAUGUGACUACCUGUGACCGACUAUUCAGAUCACCAUCAGGCCCCAUAUCUGGAUUUCAGCCCAGUCCUCCUCGUGUACUGAAGCUCAAUAACUCCUACAGCCAAGACACCCGGAGGCAGAGUAGAGGUGGUCAGAAUGGGCCCACAACCAGUGGGCAUGCUCCUGUGCUUCACACAGUUCGAAGUCUCUAUCCAGAAAACCUUGCACCCUCUUUCCCCCAUGGGCCUGCAGGGAGAUAUGGAGCCAGUGGUAGGAGUGAAAAUGGCAGGAGCUCACGGGCCACCUCUGCAGCUGCCAGCUACCGCAGCAGAAAUGCAAAGGGAAAAUCUUCAAAGCAACAGGGAGCUGGGGAUGCAGAAGAAGAGGAGGAGGAGGAGUAAUGAAUGAUGUCUGCAGAGUCCCUUUCAUGGUUUCCUACCCUCUAUGCAUAGCAGCACUUGCCAUGGUACAGGACCCACAUCUUGGGCUGUUCUUUAGGCAGGAGAGAGACUUUCUGGAUUUGAAUUUUUUCUAGGUUAUGGUCGUUUUGUGUCUUUGAGAUUGUGCUUGUGGGAUCUUGGGUUUGAGGGAGGGCUAGCAGGGAGGCUGGUGAGAAAUGUUUCACUCAGCUGCCACUGUUGGGCAGCAGUAAAGUAGGAGUUACGAUCAGUCUAACAGUUCCACCCUUAAGACAUACCAUCACUACUGCUCUUUGGUGCUUUGUGGUCUUGGUGAAAGGAAGAGAGAAUUCCCUAAAUAUGGUCACUGUCAGUAAAAUGAUACUUUUUUCUCUGAAGGCCCAAACUUGGGACUUUUGGGUACCUAGCCCUCCUCUAUACACUGCCCCUGCCUACUCCAGUCUCUGGACCCCUAGUGUGGAGAAACUCUGAUGAAGCACUCAGGCUGGUCACAGUACUUUAGGAGCAAGUUGAGCUGGAAUAGAAGGACUAGAGGCCAUUUUAAGCUGCUUCUUUGGCAAUGGGCAUCACUGCCUUCUGUUCCUGAGGGUCAGUGUUGGUUAUUUUCACUGCCCUCUAAUGUGGAAACUCAAGGGCUGCCUAACCCACUGAGGGUCAUGUUGGGCCUUGCCACUAUCGGUACUGAGGCCCACCCCCAUGCUUGCUCAGAAAACCAAGUUUCAGAGCCUACUUUCCUUAUUAUUUUACUGUUAUAAUUCUCAACAUCCUUGUAAUAGUAAUAAAGUUUGUAUUUGGAGCUGA